GCAGACGCAGACUGUGAGCACAGCAAGCUACAUAACGUUAGCGGAUAGUUUAACAACACUCACCAGCUUUCUGCCUGAAAAAAAGUCUUUAUUUUGUUUCUACCAUGAAAGAUGUCAGUGGGUACCUCAAACAACAACAGAGCACCAGCUCCACGCCAGAGAUGGCGGCGGAGUGGCACGCUUUGGAGGAUUCUUACAACAAAAGUCUCUUCGUUCUCCGCCUCCAGAAAAUCAUCGAGGAGGUGGAGGAAAUGCUGAAUAACUUACCCGGCGUCACGUCGGUCCACGGACGGUUCUACGACCUCUCCAGCAAGUAUUACCGCAUCAUCGGGAACCACGCCGCCUACUACAAGGACGCGCUGCGCUACCUGGGCUGCGUGGACAUCAAAGACCUUCCAGAAACAGAGAAGCAGGAGAGAGCGUUCACCCUGGGCCUGGCCGGACUCCUGGGCGAGGGAGUCUACAACUUCGGAGAGCUGCUGAUGCAUCCGGUGCUGGAGACCCUGAGGAACACAGACAAGCAGUGGCUCAUUGACACGUUAUACGCCUUCAACGCCGGGAACGUGGAGAAGUUCCAGGGCUUCAAGUCUGCAUGGGGGCAGCAGCCCGACCUCGCAGCUCAUGAACCUAAACUGAUGCAGAAGAUCCAGCUGCUCUGUGUGAUGGAGGUGGGUUGGUUUUUUCACUUCCUGUUUGAUCAGAUCAGAAUAUUGCUGUAAAGGUUUAAAGUGUAUCUAUAAAGCAUAGAAAUUAGCAUGCUAACCCCUCAGGKCAUAUGCAGUUCACUUGAAUUUCAGGAUGAUGGCCAUUUUUCAAGAUGGCUGCUGUUUUUGAGCCUCUUAAACCAGU